GAAAAGAACAAAAUCCAAAGUAUUUACAUCAUAUAUACGUAUAUAUUUAGUGAUUUAUACUUGUCAGUUUUCUUAUGUUCUAUGCAUGCUAUAAAAUAUAUGUAAAGAGUGGAAAUAUUCAAAGAUGAAGACAAUUAUAAAGUUUUUACUAUCAUGACCUCUACAUCCUGUACGGUCAUGCACUUUACAAAGCAGUGGGCUGAUCUCUUACAGUGCUUUUUCUUCUAUUAUCCAGUAGAGGUCACCAUUGAGUAUCUGGAAAAGAACUGGCUACAGCUGUGCAAGCCAUCCAAAAGGUCUUGACUCCCUGACCAUCAUGGCAUCAAGAAACCUGUGCAAUAUGAGCAGUAACAUUCUUUUUGCUUCAAGAUGUUGGAUGAUUCAGUAUUCAGCAGAAAUAUUCCUCAAGACUGCUUCAUUUAGGUCAUUUGGUAUGAAUUGUGAUAAUAAAGAAGAUGAGUUUUUGAAAAACAAGGAUCUGCUGAACAACUUACUUACCAUAGGAGUUGAUAUUGACAAGGCAAAGAAAAGAUAGCCUGGAGUUUUUAGUAGGGUAGAAACUGAUGAGCAAACUUUGAAGAUGUUCCUUUUGUCAAAGGGAGCUAGGAAAGAAGUGAUUACUAUCAUCAUUUCAAGAUAUCCAUGAGCCAUAACACAAACUCUUGAAAGCCUUUCAAAACUGUGGGAACUAUGGAGAACGAUUAUGACAUCAGACCUUGAAAUUGUAAAUAUUUUGGAACAUUCUCCUGAGUCCUUUAUUCAGUCCAAUAGCAACAUAAAUUUAGAGAAUAAUAUAAAGUACCUCUACUCAAUUGGAUUGACCCGUAAUUACCUUAGUCGAUGGUUGAUCAAUGUCCCUAGUACUUUCUCCAAUACUGUUGAUUUGAAUAAAUAGAUGAUUGAAUUUUUGCAGGAAGUCUCUUUGUCCUCGGGUCACAAUGAUUCCACAGAUUUUUUCCAAAAGAUCAUUUCUAAAAAUCCUUUCAUCUUAAUUCAGAGCACUAAGUGGGUGAAAGGUAACAUUGAAUUUUUACAGUCAACUUUGAACCUGGACAAGGAGGAAGUUUUGCUUCUGAUAUAUGGUGGAGGAGCUAGAAUUCUAGACCUUUCCAAUAACUAUGUCAAAAGAAACUACACAAAUAUAAAAGAAAAUCUGUUUUCUCUUGGAUAUACUAAUGAGGAGGUAUGGAAAUUUGUCUUAGGGUACUCAGAUGCAAUCUUCUUGUCAGAUAAAAGGUUUAAUGAUAAAAUAGACUGUCUCAUAGAAGAAAAAAUUAGUAUUUCAUAAGUAAUUAAAAGUGCUCAGGUUCUAGACUCAAGUGUAAGUACUUUGAAAAGUCGAAUCAAAGAAUUGGUACAUGUUGGUUAUAACCUGAGUACCUCAACUAUUCUUCUAUCGUGGAGUCAAAAAAGAUACAAAGCUAAAUUGAAAAAAUUAGGUGGAUAAAAUAGUGCUGGCAAAGUUGAAAAAGAGUCUUAUAGUGAUAGAAUUAGGGCCUUCUAAAAAGAGUUUUGAUUUCUUAACCACAGACACAUGUAUGAUGAUCCUUUGGAUUUUUUGUUUGUUUGUUUAUUCCUGGGGCUGGAACUUUGGGCUUGGGCUCUGCCCCUGAGCUCUCUACCACAAGAGCCAUAAUGCUACUUCCCGUUUGCUGGUGGUUAAUUGGAGAUAAGAGUCUCAAGGCUUUCCUUCCUGGGCUGG